UGGGAAUCCACGGCCAGAACACCGGCGCGCCCGCCGUGACAGACACACACACCUCGCCCGCUCGCUGUAGGCCUGUAGCCAUCUCCGUGCGACCGUGCCACUGCUUCUAGCGUAGUCUGACGCGGCCGCGGGCAUGUCAGCUGCAUGCGCCGUCUCAUGGCAGAGCCCGACCCCGGCGGCGUGGGACGCCACGUCCCUCGCCUCCUCCCUGAAGGCGGCGGCCGCCCGCCGCUCCGCGGCCCACGUCGGUCCAUUGCACGCCGUGCUCCUCAAGCUGGGCCUCUCCGCCUCCGCCAUCCACGCCACCUCCCUGGCGCACGUGGCGCUGCGGGCCGGGCUCGCGCGGUACGCGCGGGAGCUGUUCGACGAGAUGCCUCGCCCGGACGUGGUCUCUUGGACGUCACUCGUCACCGGCCACGCGCACCAGGGGCUACACCGCGAUUCCCUCGCGCUGCUCCGGCGCAUGGCGGGUUCUGGCGUCCAGACCAACGGCUACUCCUUGUCCGGUGGGCUGCUGGCCUGCGCCGGUGUCGGGCAGAGCGCGCUUGCUCACGGGAAGGAGAUCCAUGCCAGUGUGGUCAAGAUGAGCUCGUGUGGAUCAGUGGACCCGGUCGUGGAGAACGGGGUUCUUGGCAUGUACUCGAGGUGCGGAAGCAUGGACUACGCGUUGAGAGUGUUCAGGGCGAUGCCUGUCAGGAACAUAGUUGCUUGGAACUCGAUGAUGGCAGCGCUUCUUGGGAGCGGGCAGGCCGAGGACGCGCUGAGGCUGUUCGUUUCCAUGGUUUCUUCUGGCGUCGGUGUGGAUGGUUUCUCACUCUCCAUAGCCGUGGAUGCGUGCGGGGAGCUGGCGCUGCUGAAGCAGGGAAUGCAGGCGCAUGCACAGGUUGCUGGCAAUGGAUUCGAGGCAGAUGUCGUCGUCAGGAACUCCUUAGUGGACAUGUACGCCAAGUGUGGCUCUGUCGAUUCGGCCGAGCUCGUCUUCGAAGCAGUAUCGUCAAACGACGCUGUUCUUUGGACCACAAUGAUCUCAGCUUACGGGAAGUCUGGCCGUGCACAGGACGCCGUCAGCUUGUUUGACAGGAUGGCGCGCAUGGGGAUAGAACAAGAUGGCAUAGCGUAUCUUGCGGUUCUGUCAGCUUGUAGCCAUGGCGGACUCGUCAGAGAAGCCUGGCACUACUUCAGUUCGAUUUCUGAUGGUUCGAGAUCGGUUGAGAUGCGAGCUGAGCACUACGGAUGCAUGGCGGAUCUCCUGUGCAGGAGAGGUUACCUAGAAGAAGCUCUUGAGUUCAUCAAGAACAUGCCGUUUGACUCGAGCGUCGCUGCCUGGAGUGCGCUGCUCAACUCAUCUCGAAUACACGGGAAUGUCAGGCUAAGUCAGUUCGCAGCUUCCUGUUUGCUCAAGCUUGACCCUGAGAACCACAGCAACUGGGUUGCUCUGUCAAGUGUGCAUGCAUCAGGGAAUGACUGGCACGAGACCUGGACAAUCAGGGAGAGCAUGAGCAGAGAGUGUGUGAAGAAAGAGCCUGGGUGUAGCUGGGUUGAGCUGUGUGAUGGCGUUCAUGUUUUUGUAACGGCCGACCAGUCUCGUCCUGAACUGUUUCAAAUACUGCAGAGUCUUGAUUAUUUGAAGGAGGACACAUCGGUGAUGCCUUGGCAAGUUUCGUAGAAAAUUCUAUGUUUUAUAUUACAGCUUUGUGGUAGGUGGUUUAAAUCUCACUGCACAGUGGGCGAUUAUCCUAAUCAAAACAAUCAACUAUGUAAAGUUGUUGCUCAAUAUACUCGAAUAUGAUGAGUUGAUG